CCCAAGUGCUGACCUCAGAGGUCUCAACCUGAAAUGGUGGCCCUCUGCCUUCUCCCUGUUGAAACCCCACUCCAGUGGUAACUGCACUUCGGCAAAACUGAAUUGGCCGAGGGGAGGGGGGGCAACGCUGGGCAUACAGGGUGAAAAGGAUGUAAGUGCAAAGAACCCCACCCCAGGACCUUCCCAAGGCUUUAGAUACUGAAGAACAAGAGUGGAAAGGUCCUGGAUUCUUUUGAUGAAGUUCAGCCCAGAUAUUAUUUAAAAAUAUUGAAUCUGUAACAGUCACAGGUUGUGAAAAGAAUGUUGUCAUUCCAUGCCAUGCUACAAAUAUGGAGCCAGAAGCCCUCGGAGACGUGUACUUGAUAUGGUUCUUUGGAAAAACUCUUAUUUUGUCCUUUGAUGGAUCUAAAAACAAAUACUCUAGAAACCCUGCAUUUCAAAGUGGACGGAUUUCUACCUCAGCCUUUUUAAAAGGAGACGCUUCUUUGACGUUGAAUAAGAAUGAGGCAAAAGCAGGUAACUACACCUGUGCAGUCACGGAAUUAAGCAGAGAAGGAAAACAGACGGUGGAACUAAAAAACAACCACAGGACUUCAUGGUUCCCUUUAAGUGAAAAUAUUCUCAUAAUUGUUUUCCCAUUUCUGACUUUACUUCUCUUCUGGGCACAGUUUGCUGUUUUAAUGCAAAAAUAUAAAUCCAACCUUGUUAACAAGAAAAUGAUGAUUUUAUCUACUUCUGGAUUAUUGUUCACCAUGGUUGUCAUUGUUGGAGCCUUUCUUUUUAUUCCAGGUAAUUAUUCAAAAAAGAAAAGCUAUGGACUUAUUUUAUUGGUUACUCCUUCAGUGAUACCUGUAUUUCUACAGUACCGUAAGUUUAUGCCAGCUAUUGGGAGGACCCUUUAUGCCAUGAUCAUGUUAACAGUCAUUCAGGCAUUGGGCUUUGCACUCAUUAUGGUAGGAUCAUUUAUUACUGUAAACGAGUGUGCACCAAAAUAUGGCUAUCUUUUAGUCUCAGGUUUGAUCAUAGUAACUCUGGUAGAAUUACUUGGAUUCAUUUACAUGAAAUGGUUAGACCCACUGAUAGGGUUUGAAUGAGACAUGAAGGCAUGCUGCUGGUGUGUUCUUUCUUCCUCAUUUUCACUUUGUCUCGGGGCUCUUAAGAUUUUAUAGGGGUAUACAAGCCAUAGAAGAAAAAUAAAGUCAUAGAAUAUAGAAUACAGAAGAAGAAUAAAGAAAAAGUCUGAAGGAAACCAUCAAGAAGACCAAGAUGUAAGAUGCUUGCACUCUUCCAAGCCUUCGGGUCACCUGCUGUUUUUCUCAUCACUGGAAUCAUCUUAUUGUUCUCCGAGGACACUAUUUCUCCAAGCUAGUGUGGACUUUGGAGGUCCUUCAAGUUCCAACUAGGAUGCUGGACCAAGGCUAGUUUGCAGCCUUAAUUAUUGCUUUGUAAAAGGUCUAAUUCUUUGACUGUAACAGAAAACAAUAGAAACUUUAAAAUCUGCAGUAA